UGUCCCACUUGCAUUCCGUUUGGAUCCACCUCCAUUCCUUUGACAGACUGUGCUCGCAGCAGAUCCAAUCCACUCGUUCGUGCGUCGUCGUCCACAGCAGCACUUUGGCGCUUCGAAAGAGGCGGGAAGACCGGCGAUGCCCGCCGACCAUUCUGAUCUCCAUCUUGAGCGGCCAUGGACGAGAGUAUCGCUGAGAGCAUUGCCGUCUCGAGCGUGCAAUCGAGGGGCCGUGUGUCAGAAGUCUCAUACUCCUCGGCCUUUGAGGAUCCGUCACCGCUGGCAGCAAGCCCGGGUGCAGAAGCAUUCGGCUUCUCCGCAUACUCCCACGCUCUACCCAGACUCUCCGACCAAGACUCGGCCGAGGACAUCACCAGCAUCCAGCACGAAUAUGCCUCUGACUUUGAGAGCCUCUCGCUCCUCCAAGAGGUAGAUGGUUUUCAAGCCCAAGCCCAAGGCGAAGGCGGCGAGCAGCGGCCAGAGUCCCUGCCGGAUUGGAACGGCUACUCCUCCGACUUUGACGACAUUACCGAUCUGGCUGCAGUCAACCAUGCCGAGCACCGGACCGCCUCAGGCAGCUCUGUUGGUUCGCUCGACAAAUACCCAUCGGAUUUUGACGACUAUCUCCCCGGGCAGCAGCAGCGUUCGGAUCCGUGGCUCGUAAAUGUCCGCGAGUGGGAUGAUCCCGCGUGGGAUCUUGCUCGUGGUGGUGCUGAUCCGUCCUAUGCACAGAGCCAAUACGAGCUCCAAGACAUCUGGGAGGCCGCCGCUCAGUGCCGCACCCCGCUAGAGGCUCGCGCAGAACCAAGCGUCUCGGCGGAACACUCGUUGGCUUGGCUCUUGGAACCCUCGGACGGCGAUGACGACUGGCUUGAGCGGGUCGAGUUCCGCGAAUGGGCCGAGGCAAUCAAGCGACGAGAGCGGCAGGAACGAAAGCAGCAAAAGCAAUCCGGGAGCCAUGCAAAUCGAGCCGAUCCACCCAGUCGGAAGAGCAAUUCCGACGAUCUGCAGGAACGUCUCGAGAUGCAGCGCAUCAAUCUCGAACGAUUCUACAUGGCCACAGUUGACAAGCUCCAUCGCAGCGACGACAAGGCUCAACCACACUCGCAUCCGUCUGCUAUAGAGCAGCAGGCCAAAGACCAUGUCGCAGGUCAGCCCAGCGAUAGCUGAGGUGUCUGAGGUGUCCGAGUGUUCGUUGUUCCAGCGGCGCUUUCUCGGCACCUCUUCUGAUUGUCUGAUUGCUCGUAGUAUCGACAGACGCUGCUUGUCGACAUCUCU